AUGGCGACGCUGGCAGUGCUGAGGAGCUCGGCUCCCGCCCGGCUUCUAUCAGGUUCAUUCUGCGUCCACAGAGGUGGCCUGGCGUCAUGGCAGCACUACCAAAGCCGGAGGCCGUUCAGCAACAACAAGAUUUUGGUAGAAUUGAAUGAAUCAACGGGGGUGGCAGUCAUGAAUAUGAAGAACCCUCCAGUGAAUAGCCUCAGCCUGGACUUUCUUACAGAAUUCUCUAUUAGUCUGGAGAAGCUGGAAAUAGACCGUGGCUGCCGGGGACUCAUCCUGACUUCUGCAUUUCCCAAAAUCUUCUCUGCUGGGCUGGACAUCACAGAGAUGUGUGGAAAAAGUGCUGAGCACUAUGCUGCAUUCUGGAGAGCUGUGCAGGAAAUGUGGUUGAAGUUAUAUGGGUCCAAUAUGGUGACCAUCGCAGCUGUCAAUGGUUCAAGUCCCGCUGGCGGGUGCCUCAUGGCCAUGUGUUGUGAUUACCGAAUCAUGGCUGACAACCCUAAAUUCGCCAUUGGCUUGAACGAGACCCAACUGGGCAUAGUCGCUCCAUUCUGGUUCAAGGACACCAUGAUGAACAUUGUAGGUAAUCGUGUGACUGAACAGUCCCUCCAGCUGGGGCAAAUGUAUCCUGCCCCAGAAGCACAUAAAAUCGGUCUUGUAGAUAUGCUAGUUCCAGAGGAUAAGGUACAGAGCACAGCAGCUGCCGUCAUGACCCAGUGGUUUUCCAUUCCAGAUCAUGCCCGUCAGCUCACCAAAUCCAUGAUGCGUAAACCCACAAUCGACAGACUAGUUAAACAGCAGGAAGCUGAUAUUAACAAUUUUGUCAAUUUUAUCACGAGAGACUCCAUCCAGAAGUCUUUGCAGGUCUACAUGGACAGACUAAAACAGAAAAAGUAGCAAGCAAGGUUGAUCAUUGAAUUUGUAAGCCAUAGAUGAUUAUUAAAAAAAUUAUAAUUAAAAAAAAAUAUAGCAAUGAAAAGGUGGAGGUUUCCGUUCACUUGUCUAAU